UCCGCCCCGACGCCCGGCAGAAGCUGGGGAAUCAGGUGAUCGUCGGCUGGGCGCGGUCACGUGACCGGGGCGUGCCCGCCGGUGGUGGCCAUGGCGGCCGCUGUCUCAAGUGUGGUGAGGCGAGUGGAAGAGCUGGGGGACCUGGCUCAAGCCCACAUACAGCAACUUAGCGAAGCCGCGGGUGAAGACGAUCACUUUUUAAUUCGGGCCUCGGCAGCUCUGGAAAAACUGAAACUCUUAUGUGGAGAAGAGAAAGAAUGUUCAAAUCCAUCAAAUCUUCUAGAACUUUAUACACAGGCUAUUUUGGACAUGACAUAUUUUGAGGAGAACAAGCUAGUAGAUGAAGAUUUUCCUGAAGACUCUUCUUCACAGAAAGUAAAAGAACUGAUCAGAUUUCUUUCAGAACCAGAAAUUUUAGUUAAAGAAAAUAAUAUGCACCCAAAACCCUGUGAUUUGCUUGGGGAUGAACUACUUGAAUGUCUCUCUUGGAGACGAGGAGCCUUACUAUAUAUGUAUUGUCAUUCUCUGACCAAAAGAAGAGAGUGGCUCUUGAGAAAAUCAACUUUGCUUAAAAAGCAUCUUGUUGAUGGAAUCAAUUACUUGCUACAAAUGCUAAAUUAUCGGUGUCCUAUCCAGUUAAAUGAAGGAGUUUCUUUUCAAGACUUAGACACAGCUACAUUACUGAGUGCAGGAAUAUUUAGUGACAUUCAUUUGCUGGCCAUGAUGUACAGUGGAGAAAUGUGUUACUGGGGAUUGAAACAUUGUGCAGAUCAACAGCCAGGAAAUCAUGAAAUGGAUACUGGUGUUUCUGGAGCAAGCUGCAUGACACACAAGGAAUCCUUGGAUUUUCGAGAAGUAGGAGAAAAAAUUUUGAAAAAGUAUGUAUCUGUGUGUGAAGGACCCCUGAAAGAGCAAGAGUGGAAUACAACAAAUGCAAAACAAAUUUUAAAUUUCUUUCAGCAGUCCUGUAAGUAGUAAUUCAUCUAGUCUUUUUCAAUUAGAAAGAAAAAGACCCAUGUGAUGGAAAAGAAAUUUCAGAAAGAAGACAUACUGAUAACUGAAUUUGAUGUUAUAGUACAUCUAGAUACCCAGUAUGGUUGCCCUUCUUUAAAUGCCAUCUUCAUCUUUAAUUGUAUAUUCUUAAGCCCGUGGGGGGGAAAAUGAUUCCUUAACGUCUAAAAUGGCAUAAAUGUUAUUCUAACUCACCUUGAACUACAGGUAUCCUGUCAUUAGUAAGGAGGAGCCCUAUUUAACUUUUCAGAGAUUUUUUUUCUAAUACUUAUGGUUAUUGUUUUUUUGUAAUAUGUAUAUAGCGUAAACUCUAAUUUCCCUUUCUUGAAAUUUGCUAUACUUUAGCUCACCUCACUGCUUUGAAUAGGUAUUCUGGAUAUAAAUGUAGGCAAAAUGAAAGAUUAUGACUAAUAUUCAGAUUCCAUUUCCAAUAAGGUUAAUAACAAAAGACUCCACAAAGAAAUCACUGUUGAGCUCUUUUGCCAUGUAUUACUACUAAUCAUAUUUAGAGUUUUUAAAAAUUCUAGCAUGCAUGAGGCUCUGGGUUCAAUCCCUCAGUACUGGGAAAAAAUAAUUUAUUUCUCUUGGGCAUUCUACGAAUGUUUAAAAAUGAUUUUCCUAUUUUGUUUAAGAUGCAUAUUUUCUCAAGUAAGGAAGAUAAAAAUCAGGUUAGGUUAGUCCAUCAUUACUUCAUAUACUCUUAGGGCACAUAUUUUCAUACUGUAUUGAAGUUUUAUUAUUUUUUUGCCCUUAACAAUAGGGGUAGAAUGCUAAAGGCCUGAGAGCCUUAUUUGAUACCUUGCUCACUAUCUUUCUGUCUACCUCAACUCCUAUUAUCUUGGGAUGAGCUGUCUGGUACCUUGGUAAUACACUGGACUUCAGUGUAUUACACUGGACUUCUAGUGACUCUAUCACAUUCCAGCAGCUUAUUCCCAUGACCACAUCUUGAGCAUUAACCUUCCUUAAGUUUCUGUUUCUAAAAUCUUACAUUUCAGUAGCCGAUGACAAUUCUCAUCUUGUCCUCUUUUUUAUUUCCUGAUUUUUGUACAAUCUGUAGCUUCUUUACAGGCUUUUUUUCUUGCUCCCCUUACUCCUAAAUUAUCAGCCUCUUUCAGGUUUUCUUUCUUCCUUGUCCAUCCUCAGCUUUCUGGGGCACUUCUAUCCCGUUUUCCAUAUUCCCUCGUAUUCUUCAGCCUAGUCAUUCUGUGAGCCUAACAUUGAAUUAGCUACCUUUUCUGGGUUGUUGAGUUCUGUGGGAAGGACAUGUAGCCCUUCAAAGUGGGAUCACAAUGUCUCUUUCAGAAGAACCCUCACAAUAAGCCUUCUGUUUGUUACUAGAUGUCCUUUCCCUUUUCCCACUGUACUUGAGCCAAACUUUGUCACUUUCCUCAGACACUCUGCCCCUCCCCCAGAGUAUGUCCUUCCUCCUAUCAUUGUGUAUGACAGAGUUGAAGCUAUGAAGGAAAUCAGCAAGUAUUUACUAUCUUUAUUCAUUUUCCCCUGUUUUAGAAGAAAAGAGGUUACUUGCUUCCUUUUGAAGGCAAAUCUGUGCUACAGAUUUCUUCUGUGUUAUUUCCCUCAUUUCCCUGGUGAUUUCUCAUUUUCAGCCUAUAUUACUAGAGAACUCUAAAUGAGAGUUCUUUUCCUUCUUUACCCCUUUUCCCUCAUUUUUUUCUCCUUUUUACUCUAAAUACUCUAGUUAUAUGAUCUCAUUCACAGCCAUUGCUUCCUCCACCACCUUUAAUAUCAAGCUGAUUCCCAGUUCAGUAACCUGGACUCCAGCCUCCCUCUUGCUCUCUAAAUCUCAUUUCUAAUGGCUCAUUAAAUAGCUUCAUUUAGAAAAACAUCCACAAUAAUUUUGAAUUCAGUAUGUCCAAACAUCAAAUUCUGAUCUUUUGUGCAAAAUCUUUCCUGCUUCAUGAUGUUUUAUCAUUUUUAGAUCUUCUGCAGAGCAGGGUAUAAUGUAUACCUUUCCAGCCUUGUCUCUGUAAACAUCCUCUAUAAUCAUAUUCUGGUCAAACAUUGAAAAUCCAUGCUCCUUUUUGAUAAACAUAAAAAUUCAAAUAGAGCCUUCAGGGUAAGGAUAAAUUCUCCCCAUCCCUGCCCAACCCCCUUGGCUUAUGUUUGCACAGCCAAGAUUUGUAUUGAACUUAGCAUUUUAGCAGAUUUUAUUAUGAAAAUACCUUUGGGCUUUCUGAAUAUGAAGAUUUAAGUCACUUUUAAUAUGGUUUUUAGAAGCACAGACUGUCCCUUCUAUUUUCAGAGGUCAUGAUCUAUCAAUUGUAGGUACUUCCAGUACCUUCCCCAAAUGUGCUUGUGUUUUUUCAGCCUCAGUAACUUUGUAGACAUCAUCACUUCUGUGUCCUUCUUUGUAGCAAGUGAACACCUACUUAUCUUUUGGGAUGCAACUUCAGUGAUAUUGUAUCCAGAGGCUUUUAUCAGCCUUUUGCAAUCUAAAUUAGAUGUUCCUUUGUUACAUUUUCUUAGUCUUCCCUUCCCAUGUUAUCCUACUUCCUUUCCUUACUGGGUGAACUCUAUUUUAAAAUGUACCUUUAUAUAUAAUGCUAAAGGCAUGAUCAGCCCUUAGUAAUGUUUUUUGAAUUAAUGAGGCAUGAUUCUUAAGUGCCAAACUGCAUAAAAGGGUUGCUGCUAUUUGGAUUUCAAACUGCCAGGCUAUACAUAACAGUGCUUGAUAUAUAUCACCUCAGAGGAAGAAAGUAUUAUUUAGAUUCCAAACCUGAGAAAAUAAGAGAACUUUAUCUUCAGAAGCUGGGAAUUUCAUUUUGCCUUCAUGACCCUUGUAGAUUCACUGGUUGGUAUGAUUAUGAGGGUAUUACUGGGUGCUUUUUUGUACAAUUUUCCAUUCCCCAAACAAUUGGAGAAUUAAUUUGUAGACCAUAACAGUAAAAGUGCUUUUUACUCUAGUGUGUGAUAAAUGAAAAAUACAUUUUUGUAUGUGUUAAAGCCUCGUAAAUGGAAUCUCUUUCAUUUAGAAAGAAAUGACCUUAGGAUACCAAAUAUUCCACAUAAGGAAAGUACCAUAAUUCAUUCAUUUACUCAGCAACUACUGCCAUAUUUUGUCUAAGGCACUAAGGAUAUUGCAUUUUAAACACCCUCCUGUUUCAGAGUUCUGGAGGAGGAAGUUACACAAAGCAUUUUAAGGAAUAUAUGUGUCAAGUGAUCAAUAGUAUGAAGAAUAAAGCGGGGAAGGGGCUUAACAAGACUCCAGUGGGUGCUGUUUUAUUUAAAGUGUUAGGGAAGUUACCUCUAAGCACCUUUCUAUUACCGAAGCAUUCUGUCCUUCAAAUUCAACCCUGUUGUGUAAAUGCCUUGUAGUUAUAGUAUAUUCACAAAUAUAGUUUUUCUUUCCUAUGGAACUGAUACUGAAUUAAGGAAUGAGUAAUUUCUUAAGACUUUACGUUUUGUUACAUUUAAAGGAUUUCUUUUUAGCAUGGGCUUUACCAGUGGGUGAUGUUACCUACAGGCCUAUUGCACUUUUUACGUGUGGGGUUUCUCUUCAAUUUGAAUUCUCUGAUGGCUAAUAAAAUUUAAACUCUGCUAAAGGAUUUUUCACAAUUCUUAAAUUUGUAUGAUUCUUUUCCCAGUAUGAAUUUUCUGAUGUCAGCUAGACUUUUAACACUUAGUUAAGGGUCUGUUUUGCUACAUUUACAGGGUUUCUGGCUACUGUGAAUUAAUUGAUGCUCAUUAAGGUGCAAAUCCUGACUUUUCCUUAUUCCUUUGCAUAUGGUAGAGUGAGGUGAGAGUCAUGGCUAAAACUUAGCAUAAAAUUACAUUCCUAGCUUUACAGUCCAGCUGUGAAUUCUGGUAUUCUUUUAAGUGUGAGCUAUGUCUAAAAGCAUUCCUAGAUUCAUUUUAAUAGCAUUUUCAAGACCCUACAGCUGGUUAACAUGCUAGUUUUAGACUGUCUCUUUUUCUCUUCACCUUCUAGGGCCCUUUUUCUGGCUCCAGUAAGGGUACCCUAUCUGACGUGAAUCCAGGAUUCUAUAAUUUUCUAAUACCACUUCCCUAUAUUUUUUUAACACAAUAUGAGUUGUCAUACUUAUGGAAGUAUUACAUUAAGAUACAUUUAAUAUAGCCACAAUUAAGGUAUGUAUUAUAUAUUUAUGCUGGUGUUCUCUACUGUACUUCGUUUUGUUUUUCCUACUUCUAGUGAAAAUAUUCAAGUAAAAUGUUCUGGAACAUUUAAAAUUUGUAAAAAAAUAAACUCAUAUUCCCCUACUUGUAUCUUGUGGUUUUGGUCUUCUUUUUUAGUUUACUGUUACAUCAGAAUGAAAGCCUCUGAAAUCUCAGUUUAUUAUUCUACCUUCUGAAUGUUAUUUUCAUCUGGUCUUGAUAACUUUCAGACAGUAUAGCAUAAAGAUUAGGAUUGUGGGUUCUGGAGCCAGUAGGCCUGUGUUCAAAUCACAGCCUAUUUCCUGACUGUGUGUCUACUAUGUAAGUGACUUAAUCUUUCUGUGCCUUAAUUUUCUAUUUUUUUUAACACAAGGAAUAUUACUAGUACCCAUGUCACAAGAUUUUGAAGAUUAAAUGAAUUGAUACUCAAAAAGUGUUUUAGUGCCUAGCCACAGUAAGAACAUACAAGAAAGAAUUAGCUACCAUUGUUUUCCUUAAUGUUUGAGUAGUUCUGGAUAGCCAUACCUCAUUCAGCAUGCUGGCUAAUAUUAGAAUGCUCAUCAGCCAGAAGAGUUGAGUAACGAACUCUUAUGUCCGGUAUGCACUGUAUUUUCCUUAGUUCAAGCCAUGCUUGGUCAUUUUAGAUAGGAAGUAGGUUUUUAAGAAUUCAUGGACUGGAUAGGAAUCUCAUAUGUUUUUUGUUGAUGUGGCCAGAAAACCUAAAGUUAAUUGUUAUAACAUUUUCAGCUCCACCAUCCAAAUAUACCCACUAUAUUUAGUAUUAGUCAUCCAAGUAUCAUAUAUACCCUUUUUAAAACUUAUGCUUUUAAUUAUCAGCCUGGUUACUUUUGGUAUAUUUCUAAAUUCACAAGACAGAGGCAUUUAAUGAAAUAUAAUUAAUUUAAAUAUAUAGAUAUAAUAUAAAAUAUAUGUAUAUCCCAUUUAAAAGUAGGUCAUUAUAAACUGGUACAUGAUCAUAAUUGAGUAUAUGACUAUAAAAAGCAGUGAAUAUUUCCAUAUAAUGCUGUGGAAUAAUUAUUAAAAAGAAGGUGGAAAGUAUAUAGUAUAAUGCUAUUUAUUUAUGAAAGGAUACAAAUUAUGUGUGCUUUAAAAAAAAAUGUUAACUAUGGUGGGGUAGGAGAAGAGGAACUAGAUGGAAAGACCAGUAUGGAAGCUAGAUUUCUCUGGAUAUGCCUUGAAUUUUGUAUGUUUGACUUUGGAAUAAUGUAUAUGUGUUAUAAAAUAAAAUUGAGUCAUAGUUUAAAAGGCCAUGUUUU